UGCUCAGCCUCAGUUGAGUCGGGUCGGGCGUCGUUAGGUACGCGUUGUUCGCUACUCACACCGGUCGUGGUUUCGCAGCCAGGGCCGCUCCGCUGGUCCCAAAAUCAUUCGAAACGGAGUCGCGUGACUUAACUUUUGCGCGUCUAAUGGUAGUUCAGUCCGAGCACCUCGUUGUCGGAAUCGCAGAAACGGAUUUUCGCAAGUACCACGCUCCCAGUAUAGGUUAAAAUGGCAGAGGGUGACGAUGACAAGGAGGCAGAUGUCACAAAACAUCUGAAAAGGCCUCCGGACUAUGUACCACUCAAACUUAUCAUCAAGAGGAAACGACCAGAUGCUGAAACUCCUUCAAAACCAACUUCUGUUCCAAAGGUUAAAAAGCACAAGAGAAGCAAAGUGAAGAGUAAUAAAAAUAUCAAUAAUAUCAAAUUGCCCUCAAAAUACGCUGGUCUCACCGAGUUAGCAAAAGCCUUUGAAAAAGAACAGCCAAAAUGUCUUCAAGAAGUGUGGCACAGUAGUUACCAAAGGUGGUUAGAGGAGGAGGAGGAGGAGGAUAAGGAAGUGGCCGAAAGAGAUGAGGAAGACGCUGAAGCUAUCAAGAAGAGGUCUUAUAACCGUUUCAUCUCCUCUGGGAUGUGUGACUUUGGUGCUGAAUGUGAAAUGCCUUGGCUGCACCCAACGAUUAAUGUAAUCUCUUCAGAAACCUGUAAACAAAAGGAAGUAGCUGUUGUUACUGAGAACAGUCAAAUUUCUGAAAGCAGGAAUGAUUGUGAAAGCAGAGAAAAAGAUUUGGAAGUUGAUGGUGUUCGUUUUGUUGAUUGGCGUUAUGGUGCAGCUAAAUUCUGGUAUGAUACUUUUCCAGAAGGUUGUAAAAACUUUAUGUGUGGAUUCAAGUUGCAGGAAGAGGUGGCUGAUUGUGGAAAAAAAGAAAAUGUAUUUGCAGAUGAUGCGUACCUUAUGGUGUCUCAAAUCCAUUGGGAGGAUGAUGUAAUUUGGAAUGGGGCUGAUGUUAAACCAGAGGUUGCAAAAUCGAUCAAAUCUAAGUGGUUUUCUGUUGGAGGAAAAGAAUCGGUGGGUAAUUGUUAUCUGGCAGAGAGAAGUUUUGGCUUACAUCCCAGAUUACCUCAGUAUUUGCAAGCACGGGGCCGAAGUUUUUACACUCAUCCAGUUAUUUUCAAAACUCCUUAUAGUCUGCCAGUCCAUUCAUUUAAGCCAAGAAGUGAAGAGGACUCAUGCAAGCCAAUCCUUCCAUAUGAAAAUGAAGAUUUAGUUGGUGGUUUGUGGGAAAAAGAGAUUAUUUGGGAUGCUGAAAAUAUGCCAGAAAUUCCUAAACAUAAAAUAACUACAAUAGACCCUAGUGAUGAGAAUUUCAUUCUAGGAAUUCCGGAGGAUGUUGGUCACCUUGACUCUGAAUGGUCUACUCCAGAUUGUGUUAAGCUUUCACAUCCCUAUGACAAAUGUACCAAAAUUGUAGUAGGGAAAACUGGCAUUAGUAAUAUAACAGAUGAGGGACCACUAGAGCACUUUUCAUUUGAAGAUCCAUUCAAUGUAUCAAAUGACAGCUAUUAUGCCUUGAAGUCAUCUGAAACGUCAAUGAGGCUUAAACCAGUUGGAAAGGUUAUCCAGCAUUCAAUACCUGUUUUGGACUUGCGGACUCCUUUUAUACCUACCAAUUUAGGUACUCUGCGACUUCAAAAUUUCCAUCGGCCUGCUUUAAAAAAGUAUUCUCAUGGUCUUCUUGCUCAGUAUGUCUAUCAUCCUGUGUACUCAUUAACUAGGGAAAUCUGUUUGAAAGCCAAGCAAAGAGAAGAAGAACGCCAGGCUUCAGGUGGCGGAGACUUUUAUUUUAUGCGAGAACCAGAAGACCUGUCAGGCAGAGAUGGCGAGAUUGUUCUUGUAGAAUUUAGUGAAGAGAACCCACUGCUCAUGAACGAAGUUGGCAUGUGCUCCAAAAUUAUCAACUACUACAAACGUAAGGCCAGCAAAGAUCAUGGACCCCCUGAACUCAAAUAUGGGGAAGUCGUCUACCCGCAUACCUCUCCCUUUUUGGGCACUCUUUCACAAGGACAAUGUAUUCAGGCUGUUGAGAAUAAUUUGUACCGGUGUCCAAUUUUUGAACAUAAAAUUAAAGAUACCGAUUUCCUAGUCAUAAGAAAUAGGCACAGCUUGUCAAUCCGUGAAAUUGAUGCUUUAUUUGCUGCCGGCCAGCAAUGUCCUUUGUAUGAAGUCCCUGCACCUCAUUCCAGAUGUGCCACUAACUUUUCAAGGGACUUUCUCCAGGUUACUAUAUUUAGAAUGUUUCUAAACUGCCCAGACCAACCUCCAUGGGUACGAAUGGAUGAAAUUAAGAAAGCAUUUCCCCUUAUUAAUGAUUUGAAUAUAAGGAAAUGCUUGAAACUCUGUUCUGAUUUCAAGAGAGUGGAUGCUUUGGACUCAAGCUGCUGGGUGUUAAGACCGGACUUUCGUCUUCCUUCUGAGGAAGAAAUGAGAAGUAUGGUGACCCCAGAGCAGUGUUGUGCUCAAUUCAGUAUGCUGGCUGCUGAACAACGCCUCAAGGAUGCUGGAUAUGGGGGAAAUUUCCUUUUUGUUCCUCCUGAUGAAGAUGAAGAUGACGACGAUGAAGAGGGAAUUAAGUUGAAAAUAGAUGAUGAGGUCAAGGCUGCUCCAUGGAAUUUAACUCGUGGUUUUAUUCAAUCUUUGAAUGGCAAAUGUUUGUUGGAUUUGACUGGCCCUGCAGACCCAACAGGUUGUGGUGAAGGUUUCUCUUACCUAACUCGACCCAAUAGACCUAAGAAGCAAAUGGUCACUCAGGAUACUGAUCAUCACAUUGAGAAGCCAACUGUGGCAAGUGCAAAGGUUCUGCUGAAGAAAAUGGGUGUUCCAGAUAAAGAGGUGAAAAGUUUGUCAACUUGGGAACUUCUUGAAAUUGCACGCACAAUUUCAAAGAAAAAAAUGAAAGGCAGAGGCAAGUUUAAGAUCCCUAAACCUAAACCGAUGACAACAGUUCAGCAUGUUGCCAAGUACAGAGAAGAGUGUCAAAGAUUAUUUGAUCUUCAAAAUCAGGUUCUUCAGUCUGUUGAGGAAUUGUCUACAGAUGAAGAGGAACUGUCAGAUGAUGAUGAAGAAGAUGUAGAAGAAAUGGGAAAGAUUGUAGAAAAACUCAUAUCAAAUGGGAGAAGUUACAACGAGGUUUGUACUGAACGAGAAGAAAGAGAAAGAGAAGAGCUUGUCAAAAUGAUGAUGGAGGAUAAUGCUCAAAAGCAGAGCCAGUUGAAAGACAAACACAAAAAGCAAGAUAAGAAGCAAAUUCACAAUGGACCUCGGCCUGAUCGAGUCCUCAAAAUUAACAGGACAUUCCGUGAUUCUAAUGGCAAAGAAUACACAAGGGUUGAAUUUGUCCGUAAAAGCUCAGUGAUUGACAUUUAUCUGAAGAUUCGUGGUACCAAAGAUGAGGCUUUUAUCAGUCAGUUUGCUGCGCUUGAAAGUGCUGAAAAGCAAAAGAUACUGAAAGAGAAACGGGAAAUUGAAAGACAGCUACUACGUCUGAAACAGCAAGAAAGUAAACUGAGUUCUAAACAAGAUUCAUCCUCUACUUCCUCGGAGACCAUUUCUAACAAUAGGCUCACAGAGGAAUAUGGCACACUUGGUGAUAGAAAUAAUUCACUGCAGAGCCAUUCUAAAGGUCUCAUGGGUCCUCCAAGUAGGAAAGUUUUGAAUUCUAAAUUGGAUGCCAAACGAAGAUGUGGAGCUUGUGGAAAUCCUGGGCAUAAACGAGGCAACAAAGUUUGCCCUCAAUAUUGUGGACCAGUGAAUGUGGCCAUGACUGAAGAAGAGGAGGAGGAGUACCAAAGGCAGAUGAAUGUUGAUGAUCAGAAUCUUGUGAAUGUGGAUGGCACCAAACUAAAGCUUAGUGUGAAACUAAUCAAGAGAGCUGAAGAAAUGAAGAAAAAGACUCUUGUGUUGCGAGUACCAAAAGACAUUGUGCGCAAGCGCAAGCGACCUGUGGCUGACACGCACUGUGACUAUCUAGAAAAUAAAUUUCAGAGGACAACAAACCGGCGAAGAGUUGAUCCAUUGGUCGUCUUAUCAAACGCUUUUGAACUUAUCCUAAAUGAGAUAAGGGACUUGCCAGACAGUGAUCCUUUCCAUUUCCCUGUGAACACUAAGACCUAUCCUCACUAUACAACGUUUGUGUCCAGACCAAUGGAUUUGCAAACUAUUAGAGGAAAUCUUCGUAAAAGAAAAUAUCAGAGUAGGAAAGACUUUUUAGAAGAUGUACACCAGAUAGUUCACAAUUCAUCCGUGUUUAAUGGUGCAGAGAGCCCAUUUACGAUCAAUGCAACUAAAAUGCUGGACUUAUGUGUGAAGAGGAUGGGUGAGCAGGAGGAAGAGUUAAUUCGCCUUGAAGAGACUAUCAAUCCAUUGGAUGAUGAAAAUUAUCACAGGAGUACACCUCAAAGAACUCCAAUGACUCCUGCAAGAGACACUAUGGACUCUGAAACAAUACCAAAAUCUAUUCUGGAUCUUACUAUCAGUGAUACUGAAGAUGAAGGCGAACCUGAGGCCAGCUAUUUAGAUGGUAGGGCAUGUCCUGUAGUGCCAUAG